AUGCAAUGGUCAACAAAGGAUGACACAUUCAGUUUCAGCAUCGACCAUAAGGAUCAACCAUUGACUCGCCGUGGUAUUCUGUCUGUUAUAGCCUCUCUAUAUGACCCUCUUGGGUUUGUCGCCCCAUUUAUUCUACAGGGAAAGUGUAUCCUACAAGAACUGUGUCGUAGAGGUACUGAAUGGGACAACGAACUUCCUGAUGACUUGCGUCCUCAAUGGGUGGAUUGGAAAGACGAUCUUCUGAAACUCAAGGAAGUAUUGAUACCAAGAUGUUAUCACCCACAUACCUUCAGUGACAUAGUCAGAACAGAGUUACACCACUUCUCUGAUGCGAGUAAUGUAGGAUAUGGUGCUUGUUCCUACCUCCGCUUCAAAAAUGACAAGAGUGAAGUCCACUGCAGUCUGGUGAUGGCUAAAGCCAGGGUCUCACCUACAAAGGUCAUAAGCAUUCCCAGGUUAGAACUCUCAGCCGCUGUCAUAUCUGCCAGAAUGAGUGUCAUGCUAAAAAAUGAGCUGGAAAUGAAGAUUGACCAAGAGUUCUUCUGGACAGACUCGCAGGUCGUUUUAGCAUACAUUAACAACGAAGCCCGUAGGUUUCAUGUUUUUGUCGCAAAUCGAGUGCAGCUGAUACGAGAUGUCACAGAUCCUAGUCAGUGGUGUUACGUAAAUACAACAGAUAACCCUGCUGAUUAUGCAUCUAGAGGGCUUAAUGCGUCUGCCAUCUCUACAUCAAUGUGGUUAUCAGGACCCAAAUUCCUGUGGGAACAGGAAGUAAAUGCAACACCAUACACACCUGUGAACCUGCUUGUCGGUGAUCCUGAAGUUAAAUUAGUCCGAACCUUUGUGACCUCAGUCAGAGACGGAGCAGACAUCCUCAGUCGCUUAAGUCGAUUCUCUUCUUGGUCUAUGCUUCUAAGGGUGGUUGCAAGAAUAAACAGAUUGGGCCACAAACAGAUGUACAACGGUGAUCAUGUGGCAGUUGAAGAACGUGAGAGAGCUGCUAAGGUGGUCAUCAAGCUUGUACAGCAGCAAGCAUUCUCAAAAGAAAUGCAAAUAAUUGAAAGAGGAGAAGCUCUACCAAAUUCAAGCGCACUGUACCAUCUGGAUCCUAUUUUGGACAAUGGCAUCCUCCGUGGUGGUGGGAGGCUAAAACACUCAUCUCUCAGUUAA